AUGAUGAUGAUGAUGAUGAUGAUGAUGAUGAUGAUGAUGAUGAUGAUGAUGAUGAUGAUGAUGAUGAUGAUGAUGAUGAUGAUGAUGAUGAUGAUGAUGAUGAUGAUGAUGAUGAUGAUGAUGAUGAUGAUGAUGAUGAUGAUGAUGAUGAUGAUGAUGAUGAUGAUGAUGAUGAUGAUGAUGAUGAUGAUGAUGAUGAUGAUGAUGAUGAUGAUGAUGAUGAUGAUGAUGAUGAUGAUGAUGAUGAUGAUGAUGAUGAUGAUGAUGAUGAUGAUGAUGAUGAUGAUGAUGAUGAUGAUGAUGAUGAUGAUGAUGAUGAUGAUGAUGAUGAUGAUGAUGAUGAUGAUGAUGAUGAUGAUGAUGAUGAUGAUGAUGAUGAUGAUGAUGAUAAAUUAG